UGUCAGGAAGAGGAAGAGCGCGGCCAGAGGCGGUGCGGGCGCGCUGCGAGCAGGGGCCGGGCCCAGGCGGACGCCGAGCGGGCCACCAUGGCCACGGACGAGCUGGCCAGCAAGCUGAGCCGGCGGCUGCAGAUGGAGGGCGAGGGCGGCGCCGAGGCCCCGGAGCAGCCCGGGCUGAACGGGGCGGCGGCGGCGGCGGCGGCGGCCGGGGCGCCCGACGAGGCGGCCGAGGCGCUGGGCAGCGCGGACGGCGAGCUGAGCGCCAAGCUACUGCGGCGCGCCGACCUCAACCAGGGCAUCGGCGAGCCCCAGUCGCCCAGCCGCCGCGUCUUCAACCCCUACACCGAGUUCAAGGAGUUCUCCAGGAAGCAGAUCAAGGACAUGGAGAAGAUGUUCAAGCAGUACGACGCCGGCCGGGACGGCUUCAUUGACCUGAUGGAGCUGAAGCUGAUGAUGGAGAAGCUCGGGGCUCCGCAGACCCACCUGGGCCUGAAAAACAUGAUCAAGGAGGUGGAUGAGGACUUUGACAGCAAGCUCAGCUUCCGGGAGUUCCUCCUGAUUUUCCGCAAGGCAGCCGCUGGGGAGUUACAGGAGGACAGCGGGCUGCACGUGCUCGCCCGCCUCUCCGAGAUCGAUGUCUCCACGGAGGGCGUCAAGGGGGCCAAGAGCUUCUUUGAGGCCAAGGUCCAGGCCAUCAACGUGUCCAGCCGCUUCGAGGAGGAGAUCAAGGCAGAGCAGGAGGAAAGGAAGAAGCAGGCGGAGGAGAUGAAGCAGCGGAAGGCGGCCUUCAAGGAGCUGCAGUCCACCUUCAAGUAGCAAGGGGCUGCGGCCUGACCGCUCGGCCCCGGCCCCCGGCCCCCGGCGCCCGGCCCGGCCCGCAGAGGCGGGCAGACCGGAGGCCAGGCCUGCAUCCCGGGCUCCAUCCGAAGGGACCAUACUUAAAACCUAAAACGUCUGUGAACGGAGCCAGCGGAGGGGUGUCCAAGGCGGCCCUGCCUCCCCCGCUCCACCCCCCGCCCGCCCCCGCUGUUCCCGAGGCCAUGACACCAGUGCUGGCUCCUCGCCUGGCCCAGCCCUCCCUGGCGAUUCCUGCGCGUCUGUCGCCCCCCCGGCCGUCCCUCUGCCUGCUCCAGCAUUGCAGCGGCCCCGAGCCCAGCUCCUGGCCCUAGGGUCCUCCCUGCCCCAGGUGCCUGCCCUCCACACACUCUCCUCCUCCCUUCCCAGAGGCCUCCUGCCCUUAGCCUACAGGCCACACUGCCCCCCCCCCGGGGGCCCUGCACCUCGGGGAGGCGCUCUGGAGCAGAGCACGACCCAAGGGGCUGAUCGGAGACACGAGGGCUUCCCGCCCCCCGACGGCCGACAGCCGUUCCUCCAGCCCCUGCCUCCUCUCUCUGCCAGAGGGGAGGGCGCUUCUCUUUCGGCGAAGGGACCCAGGCCCUGGCACCCCGUGCUCACACGGAGACCCCGGCCCUCUGGGGCCCCGCCAGGCAGGGUGAGGGGGCAGCUGUGCCCAUCUACCUCACGGGCCCACACUCUGCCAGCCACGCCGUGGAUCGUGGGCAGGGAAGGCUCUGGGGGCAGAAACGCCACCCCCUGGUCUCCCUGGAACAGCCCGAGGGGCCCAGGGGCUCUGAGAGAGCAGGGUGAGGAGGAGGGAUUGGCCCCUUCACUGGGAAGGAAACCAGUGUUGGGCUCCGUGCUCCGGGAGGCGUCCGGGAAGUGCUUUGAGUGGUUUGCACGGACCAGGCGGCGGGGAGCAGGGGCCUGGCUCGGCCCUUUCACGCCAUCCUUCCCCAUGCGAUGUGUACCGCCCUGUCACCAGCGAUGGGACCCGUCCCGUCACCCCCACCCCCUGAGGAAGCAUGGGGACCCCGGCCCUCCCUGUGCCCAUCCCCAGAUGGGCUGCGGCCAAGCCUGUGCCACCAGCCCGGUCCCGCGCAGCUCCCGGUGUGCUCACUUCCGUGUGUGCGUGUGUGUGCGUGUGAGUGUGUGUCCGUUGCCGUGUCGUGAAACUGUGCCCGUCACCAGUCCAAACACGUGAAUGGCCACCGAGGCCACGGUUAUGCAACUUUCGGUGUGUGUCAUGACAACGUCACUGCUUUUUAAACAUGACAACUCUUUAUUUUAGUAAAAUGCCCCCCAAGAGUCCACAAAACUCCUGUUGGAUUUGCAGAGGUUUUAUUUUUUUGGCCUUAGAAUCUGCAGAAAUUAGGAGGUGCUGACCCCAGUGCGGCAGCCUUGGUCCUGAAUUGCGUUUGCCUUAGCGGAUGUGUUUAUACAGAUGACUAUAAAAAGUUCUUUUCCUUCGGCUUCUCGCUUUUGUUUUUUCCCUCCCUUCUCACCUUCCCCCAAAGAAAGCUACUUUUUCAUUUGGUGGUACAAUUAUUUUUUUUAACUAAAAUAAGAUAAAAUUCUA